GGUCUUAUUUCAGGCGCGGAGUGUGCGGUGUACCACGGCAGCUGGCGCUAGCAGCGGAAGGAGACGUCACAUACAGCAAAGUGCUUCGCUUCUUCAAUUCACCGGCAUCAAAGGGGUCUUUUUCACGCUCUCCUUUUGGACGCGACAUCGUCGUUCACCACCGCACACCUCCAUCUCUUCACUUCUGGGUGACAAACCAAGCGCAGAUUGAAGAACUACAGACACCGACUGACUACGCCGAAAUGGGGUAUGGACGGUCGGACAGCUACCGUGUGGCAACCACGACGGACAAUGAUGAAAAGGACUCUCCCAAGAAGAAGGGAGGGAAAGAUCUGGAUGACCUCAAGAGAGAAGUACCGCUGACAGAACAUAAGAUGUCUGUUGAGGAAGUGUGCCGAAAGUACAACACUGACAUUGUGCAGGGUCUGACUAAUGCCAGGGCAGCAGAGUACCUGGCUCGGGAUGGUCCCAAUGCACUCACCCCUCCCCCCACCACCCCGGAGUGGGUCAAGUUCUGCCGCCAGCUCUUUGGGGGCUUCUCCAUCCUGCUGUGGAUCGGAGCUAUCCUCUGCUUCUUGGCCUAUGCCAUCCAGGCAGUCACUGAAGAUGAGCCAGCUGGAGACAAUCUGUACCUGGGUAUAGUGCUGUCUGCAGUGGUCAUCAUUACCGGCUGCUUCUCCUACUUCCAGGAGGCAAAGAGCUCAAAGAUUAUGGAGUCUUUCAAGAACAUGGUGCCCCAGCAAGCAUUAGUGAUCCGUGAGGGUGAAAAGUUGCAGAUCAAUGCUGAGGAGGUGGUGGCGGGAGAUCUGGUGGAGGUGAAAGGAGGAGACAGGAUCCCUGCUGACCUUCGAAUUAUCUCUGCUCAUGGUUGCAAGGUUGACAACUCCUCUCUGACCGGCGAGUCAGAGCCUCAGACGAGGUCACCUGACUGUACCCAUGACAACCCCCUGGAAACCCGCAACAUCGCCUUUUUCUCCACCAACUGCGUGGAAGGGACAGCCCGUGGUAUCGUGGUGUGCACUGGAGACCGCACCGUCAUGGGCCGUAUCGCCACUCUCACCUCGGGCCUGGAGACGGGCAAGACACCCAUUGCCAAGGAGAUCGAGCACUUUAUCCACAUCAUCACAGGCGUGGCCGUCUUCUUGGGCGUCACCUUCUUCAUCCUGUCAAUCAUUCUUGGCUACAGCUGGCUGGAGGCCGUCAUCUUCCUCAUCGGCAUCAUUGUGGCCAAUGUACCCGAGGGGCUCCUGGCCACCGUCACUGUUUGUCUGACCCUUACAGCUAAGCGUAUGGCUCGUAAGAACUGCCUGGUGAAGAACCUGGAAGCUGUUGAGACACUGGGUUCCACCUCCACCAUCUGCUCGGACAAGACGGGCACCCUGACGCAGAACCGCAUGACCGUGGCCCACAUGUGGUUUGACAACCAAAUCCAUGAGGCCGACACCACUGAGGAUCAGUCAGGGACAUCCUUCGAUAAGACCUCAGUCACAUGGGUGUCACUUGCCCGUGUGGCAGCUCUGUGCAAUAGGGCAGUGUUUAAGGCAGGGCAGGAGUCUCUCCCAAUCCUGAAGAGGGACGUGGCUGGUGACGCCUCAGAGUCAGCCCUGCUGAAAUGUAUUGAGCUCUCCUGUGGCUCAGUAAAAGCUAUGAGGGACAAGAACAAAAAGGUGGCUGAGAUUCCCUUCAACUCCACCAACAAGUACCAGCUUUCAGUGCAUGAGACAGAAGACUCCAAAAACACCCCCUACCUGCUGGUGAUGAAGGGGGCGCCAGAGCGCAUCCUGGAUCGCUGCUCCACCAUCAUGCUGCAGGGCAAGGAGCAGCCCAUGGAUGAGGAGAUGAAGGAGGCCUUCCAGAAUGCCUACCUGGAGCUGGGAGGACUGGGAGAGCGAGUGCUGGGUUUCUGCCAUUUGUUUUUGCCUGAAGACAAGUACCCCAAAGGCUUUGCCUUCGAUACCGAUGAUGUCAACUUCCAGACAGACAACCUGUGCUUUGUGGGCCUGAUGUCCAUGAUCGACCCGCCCCGCGCUGCUGUGCCCGAUGCAGUGGGCAAGUGCCGCUCGGCCGGCAUCAAGGUCAUCAUGGUGACAGGGGACCACCCAAUCACAGCCAAGGCCAUUGCUAAAGGGGUGGGCAUCAUCUCAGAAGGCAACGAGACGGUGGAAGAUAUUGCUGCCCGUCUUAAUAUCCCUGUUAGCCAGGUCAAUCCCAGGGAUGCCAAAGCAUGUGUGAUCCAUGGCUCGGACCUGAAGGAUCUGACUCAGGAGCAGAUGGACGAAGUGCUGAAGAAUCACACCGAGAUUGUCUUUGCCAGGACCUCGCCACAGCAAAAGCUCAUCAUUGUAGAGGGCUGCCAGAGACAGGGUGCCAUCGUUGCUGUGACUGGGGACGGCGUGAAUGACUCACCGGCUCUGAAGAAGGCUGACAUCGGGGUGGCCAUGGGAAUCUCUGGCUCUGACGUGUCCAAACAGGCUGCUGACAUGAUCCUGUUGGAUGACAACUUUGCUUCCAUCGUCACUGGUGUGGAAGAGGGACGUCUAAUCUUUGAUAACCUGAAGAAAUCUAUUGCCUACACCCUGACCAGUAACAUCCCUGAGAUCACACCCUUUCUGUUUUUCAUCUUGGUUAACAUUCCUCUUCCUCUGGGCACCAUCACGAUUCUCUGCAUUGACCUAGGCACUGACAUGGUGCCUGCCAUAUCUUUGGCCUAUGAAGCAGCAGAGAGUGAUAUCAUGAAGCGUCAGCCCCGUAACCCCCUGAGGGACAAGCUGGUCAACGAGCGUCUCAUCAGCAUCGCAUAUGGCCAGAUCGGUAUGAUUCAGGCACUUGGUGGCUUCUUUGCCUAUUUUGUUAUCAUGGCUGAAAAUGGCUUCCUGCCCUCUCUACUUGUGGGCAUCCGUUUGAACUGGGAUGACCGCUCCAACAACGAUCUGGAGGACAGCUAUGGCCAGCAAUGGACCUAUGAGCAGAGGAAGAUUGUGGAGUUCACCUGUCACACAGCUUUCUUCGUCAGCAUUGUGGUGGUGCAGUGGGCCGAUGUCAUCAUCUGCAAGACCCGCCGCAACUCUGUGUUCCAGCAAGGCAUGAAGAACAAGAUCCUGAUAUUUGGUCUGUUUGAGGAGACAGCUCUGGCUGCCUUCCUGUCUUACUGCCCAGGAAUGGACGUGGCUCUCAGGAUGUACCCACUCAAGCCCAGCUGGUGGUUCUGCGCAUUCCCAUACAGUUUCCUAAUCUUUGUUUAUGAUGAGAUCCGGAAACUCAUCCUACGCCGAAACCCAGGAGGUUGGGUUGAAAAGGAGACCUACUAUUAAAUUAUCAAAUCAUUCUUUACUCUUCGUUCUCUCCGUCUCCUGCACUAGCCCUCCCUCUCUCUCCCUGUCUCUCUGUCUUUCUGUCUCUCUCUCUGUCUGUCUCUCCUUCCCUUCCUUAUUCCUUCCCAUUACAUUCUACAAGAGAUCAUAGUGACCCCCACUGACUUUUGCUAAGAAGAUGAUGAGACCAACAGCGUUUGGGGAAGACAGCCACCCUCCUUCAUCGUAUGCCAGUGUUUUUUAUCCCACCCCCUUCCUUUUCCGACUCACAGACCACAUCCUCCUCAGCCAGUCUCUCUUAUCUUUGCUGAUUACACUGCUGAUAUGAUACUGUUCGCUACACUGCCACAACUGAAAUGAGCACUGGUGUCACUCUUGCCUCUUGUAACUGCUAGCUAGCCGUAAAAUCAUUGGUGACUAACUAGGACCUAAGGGCUUACGGGCCCAAGCCCCCCGCACUCUGACAGCCUCAUCACCCUCCGGACUUCGUUCACCUUCCUUCAACCUUUUUUUUUUGUUAUCCUCACUUCUCCCUCUGUCUAAGCACACUGGUCUCAUGCUCCUCUCCCAGUGCAUAAGAGUAAUAUAACAGCUGCCACCAUAUAACAGUUGAAACUCUCACUAUCGCGCUCUGUGGGGGGAAAAAUGAAUGGCAUGCCCCCACUCCCAGACCAUUACUCUUCUCAAUUACCUUGUAUUUCUCUUUCUCUCUCACUCUUUCUCUUUCUGUCUCUCUCUCUCAUGUCUUGGUUUUUAUACAUAUACAGUUG